AUGGGCGGCGCUCUUUCAAAGCCGGAUCCCGCCGCGACCCUGCAGGUCGUAGGUGCAGGGUACUCCAGGACAGGAACGAGUUCCUUGCAGCUCGCAUUGGCAAAGCUCGUUGACGGUCCAAUCUACCAUGGUGGCACGCAGAUCUGGAUGAGUGGAGAUGACGCUCGCGUCAAGUUAUGGGGACUGGCCUGUGAUGCCAAAUUUGUCGAUCACGACAGACAACGCACUCUGAAACUCGUCAAGGAAGCGACCAAGGGCUUUUCCGGCCUGGUCGACAUUCCCUGUAUCUUUUUCGUCUCGGAGCUUGUCGAGUUGUACCCAGAGGCCAAGUUUGUCCUCAACACACGAGACCCCGAAAAGUGGUGGGAGAGUUUCGGCAACCUGCUAGGCCAUGUCCCGGGAUACUUUACGAUUCUGACGGCCCCGAGUCCGGGUAUCCGAUGGAUUCCCAAGAUUCUGCGGGCUUUCCAGAUUCAGGCCGAUGAGCUCCUACGUGACUCUGGACGCAAGCCUGGAGAAUAUGGGCCUGAACUGCUCGUGACCUUUCAAGAAUCUGUGAUCCGAGAGGUGCCACAGGAUAGACUGUUGAUCAUGGACGUCAAGGAAGGUUGGGCACCAUUGGUCAAAUUCCUUGGAAAGUCGGCUCCGGCCGAAGAGUUCCCACGUGUCAACGAAAGCCAGGCUCUUGACAAACAGGCGAAAUAUUUGUUCACCAAGCUUGCUGGCACAUGGUUCGGAAUCCUUGCUCUUCUCGGUGGUAGCGCUUAUUUCACUGCGAGAUGGUGGAAGAUGUCUCGUUGA